GAAAGGAAUCACUUUAAUGUAAGCAAAUCAAAUCAAAAUAUUAUUAUCAAACUACUAGUUUCACUUAAAUAAUAAUAUAUCAUAAAAAUAUUAAUUGUUGGGCAUUUCUGAAGCAAUGAUCAUCCACAAAAUUCCAAACAAACCAAGGGUUUAGCCCAACUACUCCAUGAAAUUAAUAUUAAGACCCCUAACAUGACUUUAUAGGUUGGUCUUAUAAAGACACCCACUACUCUCCACCUUUCUAUUCUCCCAUUCCAUUCUUCAACACACAACACAACAACCUCUCUUCUCUUCAUCUUCUCAUCUUCUCUCCAAUCAUGUUGAGGAAAAGACCCUCUCCAAUGAUCGGAAAGUUGUCAGAGUUACUGGUCUCCGGUGGCCGUAUGAUGGACACCGGAAGCCCAAGAGGCCCAUUAGACACAAAGAUGCAAUCAUCACCAAGAGGUUUAAAAAACUAUGACCUUGGUGGUGUUGGUCUCAAAAUUGUGGCAGCUCUUGAUACUAAUAAACCAUGUGAAGUUUUACCUAAACAUGCUGUUUGUACAUCAAAUUUGAACCGAUCAAGACCAAUCCAAAUUCAAUCUGUUAAAAGUCCAAAUGGGUUUCAAAUGGAUUAUUCAAAUAUGAAUGAAAUUGACAUGGAAAGCUUGGAAGAAGAAUACACCUAUGUGACAUGCCACGUACCUAAUAAAACCUUCACUAAGGUCUAUUAUGAUGGUGGUGAAGGUGAUGUUCGGAGACAACAAGGUUGUAACAACAACUACUACAACAACGUUGGUGUUCUAAGAAAAUCUUCACCACCACAAAUUUUGAUUGAGCCGGAACCAUUAUUUCCUACAUCAAAUUUUCUUAAUUCAUGUAACUUAUGCGGAAAGAAUUUGCAUGGCAAAGAUAUCUACAUGUACAGAGGAGAGAAAGCAUUUUGUAGCACAGAGUGUCGUUCAAGUCAAAUAAUGAUGGAUGAACGCAAAGAGAGGUGUGGGUCAGAAAUGGAAUUAUCAAGUUCACCUUAUACAAGGGAUCAAAUAUUUUCAAAUGGAAUUCUUGCAAUUUAAUCAAGGAUUUGAUGAAUCAUACCCUGGCCGUGGAAAUUAAUUAAUAAUCUAAGUACAUAGUAUAAAUACUAUACUAUUGUUAACUAUAUGGAAUAUUUAUAUAGAUAACUUGAUCGCAACCAAAACGAAAUUUUUGACGAUGAGAAAUAAAGAGAGAGAAGAUGUAUGUAUUUUGAUGUAUUUUUCCUUUUGCCAAGCACAAAAAGGAAUCAUGAAUUAUGAAAUCACAAAUCAUUCUCAAUUGUGUA